AUGACACCCAUCAUUUGGUUAAAUCUUCUACUUUGCAUCGCUUCUGAUAAUGAAACUUCCCACCUACCUAAUUUGGACUCUUCUUCUGGCAUCUCAGAUGGUCUUGAUAUCCUCGAUUACAACAAUUUUGAGCCAUUGUCUAGCUCAGAAUUUCCAUCCGAUCCUUCUCAGUUUAUUGAUUUCGCUCAGUUGAGUGAAACUGAGGAUAUAAGCAAUGAAGAAUGGAAAUCUGAAACUAAUCAGAUCGUAAAUGAUCCUCAUCCUGGCUUCUCCGAUAUUUAUGAUCCCUUCGGUCACACUAAUUUGGAGUUAUCACUUAACUCAGAUAUGGACUCAUAUAGGAAUUUGUGGAGAGAUGCUAAUGAAGAAUUAAAAACGGGUGAUGAUAAUGUGCGAUAUGCUUCCAUUAGUGAUGCUCAGAAUGAAACUUCUUCCUCACUUAAUCUCAACAGCGAUGAUAUUAUCACAUAUAUGCACUUACCUGGUUCACAACAAAGUGCCAUUCCGAUUUAUUUUCACCAACUUACUCUUUCCUCAGAUGACACUUCCAAUCAAAGUGCAAUUGCUGAACAGAGCAACAUCGACAAUAAGCACUUCUCGGAUAACUUGAACAUCCUCGAUUACAGGGGAAAUGCCUAUAAAGGAGCAAAAACAGAUAAGAAAAACUAUACUUGUCAUUACCCGGGAUGUACUGUGACCAUGAAAAAUUACAAAGAAUAUGUAACACACAGGAAAACACACGGUCAACCCUUCAUCUAUGAAUGCAAAGUGCCUGGUUGUGGGCGAACAUUCGACUAUGAUUCAUCAUUUCGCAACCAUAAGCAAACGCAUGAACCUCAUCCGCAGUGCGGGUACUGUGGCCAAUUCUUCACCACCAAGAAUGGACUGAAUUAUCAUAAGAAGAGCUGCCAAAUAAAAUCUCGUUAG